AUGGCGAAGCGGCCGCUGCUUUUUCUCGCCGCCCUGGGGCUCGUCGCGACCAUCGACGCCAUCCCCAACCACAGCGUCUUGGUGACGGCCCCCUGCGCUGGCAUUGCCUGCGUGGUCGACGCCGCUGGUCGACCAAUGCAAACCAUCACAUCGAGCGAUGCCAUGGCUAACGGCAGCUUGGACGGCGUUUCAAUCGCUCGCGUCGAGCGACUGCCCAACGUUCCUGCAGUCGUGCUUCGCGACAAUGGCAUGACGAGCUAUGGCGACUUUAGCGUCGACGAUUCCGGGCACCCACUGCACCUCCUCGAGCUCUCCCUCGUGAACCAAGCCUUUCAUGCUCUCGGGAGCAACUUUGCGUUGCCAUCGACGCUGCUGCUCUUGAACUUGUCGGGCACGCCGCUGCAGUCCAUCCAUGAUGUCGCCUUUCCACCGAGCCUCGGAAGCCUGGACUUGAGUCAUGCACGGCUACUGGACUUUGCCGUGUCGCCAACGUCGUUCAACGUGCUUGAAACACUCCCAACGUUUGGGCACAACUGCAGUAUCACGCUGCCGCCCACGUGCAACGGAACGGUGCAGUCGGUGCUAGGCGGUGCGUAUCACAUCUGCGUCUUGUCGGCGCACAGCACACCGUCGCCGACCACCUUUGGCGCUGCUACGGUCACCCCCACGACGACGACGACGGCGGCGCCGACGGACGUGUACGCCGUCUCGACGUCCAGCGGCGGUAACCACAGCGCGACGGCGACGUCAAUCGUGCUCGGUGUUGCCAUCGUGCUGGUCGUCGUCGUCUUGGUCGCGCUCGUCCGGCGUGCACGACGUGAUCCGGGCGAGCCGACGGACACUGUCUACAAGCGCCAAACAACUCGGGGCUCGAUCGUCUCGGAGCACGACGUGCGCUUCGAUGCGUCGAUUGCGUCCUGGCGCCUCCCGCGCACCAACAUCCAGCUACGACGACUGGUCUCGACCGACGCGAUGGGUGGGCGCUACAACGGCGUUUGGGCACCGACGCAGACGCCGGUCGUCGUCCGGCAACUGCUCACGGGCGCCGACAUGGACCGCUUCAUGCAAGAGAUCUGCCGCUGCACGUCGCUGCGCCACGACAACGUGGUGCGCUGCAUCGGCGUCUUCUGGAGCACGUCGUUCGACAUCGCGGUUGUCGAAGAAGCGUGCGCCCUUGGGUCGCUCUACGACUACAUGACGACGCGCGCCGGCGACCCCACCUUUGGCUGGACGAGCGUCACGGGCCUUGUGACGCGGCUUUCGGUAACGCGGGACAUUGCGCGCGCGCUCGUGUAUCUACACGAAGAGAAGCAGCAGGUGCACGGCCAAGUGCACUCGGAAAGCGUUUGGAUUGCAGCCACGGGCGCGGCCAAGCUCGACGGGUUCCGGUCAGCAAAAACCACGCGCGUGGCGACCGUCGCGCCCGAAGUGUGCGCCGGCGGCUGCCGGAGCUUGGCCGCCGACGUCUACGCGCUCGGUGUGCUCAUGUGCGAGAUGGACCACGGCUGUGCGCUCGAGGCGAAAGCCACGAGCGACGAGACGCUGCGGGACGGCCUCCAGGACAUUGCCGCCGGCUUCUUCCGCCCCGCGCCGACGACCAAGUGCCCGUUGGAGAUCGCAGAGGUGAUUGCGAGCUGCGUGCACGCCGACCCUGCACAGCGGGGCGCUGCGAGAGACGUAUAUCGCCGCGUGUCCGAGUUCCACGAGUACUGUCAGCGCCACACCGCCGCGCUCCUCCUUUCGUCGCGGUAGUCUUUUGUCGAUGUC